GGCGCAGCGGGCGAAAAACUUCAAAAAGGUUGCGCGUUGCCAUGGCGGCUGUCACUCCCGGGAUUUCCAUGGCAACGGGGUGGAACCGGGCGGGGGCGCUGGGGCGAGCCUGUUGGGGGGCCGGCCCGUCUUCUCUGCUUGCAAACUGUGGGGCGACCCGCCGGGCCUUUGCCUCGGGAGCCGCGGCCAUGGCGGCCCUUAAGAUUGGUGACAAGCUGCCCAACGUGGAAGUCUACGAGGGAGACCCUUCGAACAAAGUCAACCUGUCCAGCCUCUUCAAGGGGAAAAAGGGCAUUCUUUUUGGGGUGCCCGGUGCCUUCACCCCUGGUUGUUCCCAAACGCAUCUGCCCGGCUACGUGGAGAAAGCAGGACAACUGAAAGGCAAGGGGGUCGAGAUCAUUGCUUGCCUGUCGGUCAACGAUAUUUUUGUCAUGAAUGAAUGGGGAAAGGCUCACCAAGCGGAAGGAAAGGUGCGGAUGCUGGCUGAUCCAACGGGGGCUUUUGGGAAGGCCACCAAUCUCUUGCUUGACAAGGACUCUCUCCGGCAGUUGUUUGGGACAAAUCGAUCCAAAAGGUUCUCCAUGGUGGUGGAGGACAGCAUGGUGAAGUCCCUCAACGUGGAAGAGGACGGGACGGGACUGACCUGCAGCCUGGCCAGCAACAUCGUCUCCCAGCUCUGAGGCCCAGACACCCCCCCUAUUGCUGAUCUUAGCCCUAGUGGGAAUCCACCCUACGCAACCAGUUGGUUCCUACCAGAUGGAUGGCCCUUGCGGGAUUUUGGAAUUGGCUCGGGGGGACGCACCAGAGAGGGAGUUGUGCGUCUUUACAUAAUUGUGGCGUCCUUGGUGCUCUCUGAGCUUCAAGACGUUUCAUGACCCAACUAGCUAACAUCAUCAUUGCUCUCUGUUUAUAUAUUAGUAGCUUGCCCUGUCAGUGUUGGGGAGAGUGUUUUCGUUUCGAUAGAUCCUUGAUUAGGCUGUUCAUUGUUUGAUUGUCGUAGCUGAUAGCAGCAAGUUCCUUUGUCUACAAAAAAAAAGAGUAAACCCCACUCUCUUCUAGCACUGAUGAUGUUAUCUAGUUAGGUCACGAAACGUCUGCCAGAAAACCACCAGGCUGAGAGAGCACCAAAGACCGCGUCGUUUAAACCUGAGCUGGAAAGAUUAUCUUCUGUUGGUUUACACAAUUGUUUUCGCUUCUUCUCUGUUCCUUGGAUUGCAAAUAAAUAGUCUGAAAUAAA